UCUGAGACUCUUGUCUCAUUUUCCUCUCCAAAAUGGAAGAGAAAGUAAAGUUUCAGUUUUUCUCUUCCUUGUUAACCUUCUUCAUCUGUGUCUAUGGCGCGUACACUGAACCACUUAACUCCGAAACCCUCAUUCUCCGUAACCAUAACCUCCCCAACCCACCCACACUCUCUUGGCCCGAAUCCACCACCUCUGGGUCCGAUCCCGAACCCGACCCGUCCACCAUCUCCGUUCAUCUCCACCACAUAGACGCACUCUCUCUCAACAAAACCCCCUCCCAACUCUUCCACCUAAGGCUCCAACGCGACGGCGCAAGAGUCAAAGCUCUCUUCUCCUUGGCCUCAUUGAACCAAACCCGGACUACAACUUCUGGGUCGGGUUUCAGCAGCUCCGUGAUCUCGGGUCUUGCACAGGGUAGCGGCGAGUACUUCACGCGCCUAGGCGUGGGAACUCCUCCGAUGUAUGUCUAUAUGGUGCUUGACACUGGAAGCGACGUCGUUUGGCUCCAAUGCAAACCCUGCGCCAAAUGCUACUCCCAAACCGACGAAAUCUUCGAUCCUUCAAAGUCCUCAUCUUUCGCCGGAGUACCCUGCUCCUCCCCCCUCUGCCGCCGCCUCGACUCGCCGGGAUGCAGCCGGAAAAGCAGCAAUUGCCAGUAUCAGGUUUCCUACGGCGACGGCUCGUUCACGUUCGGCGAUUUCUCCAUAGAAACUCUCACGUUCCGACGAGCGCAAGUCCAGCGUGUGGCUCUCGGCUGCGGCCACGACAACGAGGGCCUCUUUGUGGGCGCCGCAGGUUUGUUGGGCCUAGGUCGCGGCGGCUUGUCGUUUCCAACCCAAGCCGGAGCCCGGUUCAACAACAAAUUUUCAUACUGUUUAACUGAUCGAACCGCUUCCUCCAAACCGUCUUCGAUUGUGUUUGGCGACUCGGCCGUUUCGCGAACCGCGCGGUUCACUCCUAUUAUUAAUAACCCUAAACUCGACACCUUUUAUUAUCUCGAGUUACUUGGAAUCAGCGUUGGCGGCGCGCCGGUUCGAGGCAUUUCGGCUUCGCUCUUUCGUAUCGACUCGACCGGGAAUGGUGGAGUGAUUAUUGACUCGGGGACUUCCGUGACGCGCCUCACGCGACCUGCUUACGUGGCUCUCAGAGACGCGUUUCGGGUCGGAGCUUCGCAUUUGAAACGCGCGCCCGAGUUCUCGCUUUUCGACACAUGUUAUGAUCUUUCGGGGUUGCCGGAGGUUAAGGUUCCGACCGUGGUGUUGCAUUUUCGCGGUGCUGAUGUGUCGUUACCGGCGGCGAAUUAUCUCAUUCCGGUGGAUAACAGCGGCAGAUUCUGCUUUGCGUUCGCCGGAACAAUGAGUGGGCUUUCUAUCAUUGGAAACAUUCAACAGCAAGGAUUUCGGGUUGUGUUUGAUUUGGCGGGUUCUCGGGUCGGAUUUGCCCCAAGAGGGUGCGCGUGAUAGAAUGUGAUGCAAGUUGAGGUUUUGGGAAUAACUCUUUCCCUUUAUUUUCUUUUGUGUCUCUCUUUGAAAACUAUUGGCUUUUGGUUUAUGCGAAAUCAGUAGAGACUAUAGAAGGAAGAUACUAUUAAUUAGUGAUGUUUUCAGCGUUUUUUUACCUAAUGAAAUGCUUAUUAGUGAUAAAAAAAGGUUCUUAGCUCGUAAA